AUGCACGAACUUGGCCAAGAACUGGGUCCCGAAGUAGGGCACGAACUUGGCACGGAAUUAGGGCACGAACUUGGCCGCGAACUGGGUCCCGAAGUAGGGCACGAACUUGGCACGGAAUUAGGGCACGAACUUGGCCGCGAACUGGGUCCCGAAUUAGGGCACGAACUUGGCAAGGAAUUAGGGCACGAAUUUGGCAAGGAAUUAGGGCACGAACUUGGCAAGGAAUUAGGGCACGUACUUGGCCGCGAACUGGGUCCCGAAGUAGGGCACGAACUUGGCAAGGAAUUAGGGCACGAACUUGGCAAGGAAUUAGGGCACGAACUAGGUAACAAUCUGGAGCCCGAACUGGGCCAAGAAAUAAGCAACAAAGUGGAACAUGUAUGUAAUGGGCUGCGAACUAGACAACGGAAUGGGACAAACAGGGGUAUGAACUGUGGUCCCAAGUUGACACCGAACUGA